AUGAGCGUGAAUAUCGUCGAUGUCGGUGUUAGCACGAUCUUGGGUGCGCGACAAGAUCAGGAAGACCGCUACAUUACGCUGCCUCCUGGUUCGCUGAAGUCGCGAAAGGAAAUCGCCAUUUAUGCCGUCUACGAUGGCCAUGGCGGUACAGAAGUGGUCAACUACGUCUCGCAGCACCUCCACGAGCACCUGGAACAACAUCUCACCAACCCCACAAAAGCCACCAGCCCAGUCGAAUACAAAAUCGCCAUACAAAGCGCCCUGAGAAGUAUAGACAAAGACCUCGACCGCGACAAUCUCGACGGCGGAUCAACAGUAACCCUAGCCCUCAUUGACACCAAGCAAAACCUCCUCGUCCACGCCAACCUAGGAGACAGCCAUGCCUUCUUCGCAGACCACGAGCCUGCAUCCCCGCAAUCCCUCUCCCCCAGCUCCCCCACCCACGGCGGCGGCGACACCAACAGCUGCAGCGGCCUAAACUGGCACGUCGACUGCCUAAGCGUCGAGCACGCGCCCGACAGCCCGCUCGAAAAACAAAGAAUCGAAAAAGCCGGCGGCGAAAUAAACUACCGCUCCGGCAUCGCUCGCAUCGGCGGCGUCAGCAUGUCGCGCGCCCUAGGCGAUUUGGACUACAAGAAACCACGUGUGAACCGUCUCGCCGGCCACGACUUGUCCGAUCUCAUCGGCGUGGAAACGGGUCUUGCGCCGGGGAAAAAAGCAACGCACGAUUUGGUGUCGAAUAAAGCGGAUUUCGCAGUUCGCAUGCUACAUGGUCAGUCUUUACUCCUCUUGGCAUCCGAUGGGGUUGGUGAUGCGAGCCAAGCGGAGGAAGUUACGCGGUUGGCUGUGGACCGCUGGGAGCAGGGUAAAGACGCAAAGGAGAUUGCAGAGGAACUUACGAGUAGGGAGGGGAAGAUGAAGGGUGCGGAUAAUUGUACGGUUGUGGUUGUUGUGUUGGAUACGGAGAGUAAACGAAGGAGGAGUGUGGAUAGUGGAAGGCGCAGUUUUGAUGUUUCGGGUCUGGAUGGGUCGAGACGGAGGAGGAGGUCGAGUAUUACUAGUUUGAAAGAGUGGAUUAUGGAUCGUUAGGUAGGGUAGGGGGAGGUGUGUGUGUUUUAUUUAGCAUGGGCGUUGGUGUUGGAGGCGUGUAGGGUAAAACCGCGUCGUGCCAUUAAAUAAAUUUUAAAAAUUUUAGUUUA